UCUGCUUACUUACAUUGAUAUAAACUUAAUUGUAAGUAAUUGGGAAGUGUACUGACUUUACUUCACGAUUUUGACACAUGCGCCCAUUGGCUCAUUUGCUGUCGCAAAAUAACGGACAGCCAACUGUACGGAUCAGUGUCGUUCCGGUCGCUCGCUGUUGUCGCGGAGUCGGUGAAGUUAGUGGUGAAAUUUUUACGUGAAUAACAUCAAAAAUGGCGUCUGGUGUGACAGUAUCGGACGCGUGCAAGACCACGUACGAGGAGAUCAAGAAGGAUAAGAAACACCGAUACGUGGUGUUCUACAUUCGCGACGAGAAGCAGAUCGACGUGGAGACCAUCGGCGAGCGCAACGCAGAGUACGAGCAGUUCCUCGAGCACCUGCAGCAGGGCGGCACCGGCGAGUGCAGAUAUGGCCUGUUCGACUUUGAAUACACGCACCAGUGCCAAGGCACGUCGGAGGCGAGCAAGAAACAGAAGCUUUUCCUCAUGUCGUGGUGCCCCGACACCGCCAAGGUCAAGAAGAAGAUGUUGUACUCCAGCUCUUUCGACGCCCUGAAGAAGUCCCUAGUCGGCGUACAGAAAUACAUCCAAGCGACCGACCUCUCCGAGGCUUCUCAGGAGGCCGUCGAGGAGAAGCUCCGCGCCACGGACCGCCAAUAAGCAUUUCACGACGACCGGGGCGCAUGGGUUCUUAUAAUAUAUCGUUUCAUCCUUAAGCUUUCUCUGCCGUGAUGUACAGAAUGCCGUACCUGACGAUAACUGUUCCAUAUCGGUCUCUGGAAACAUUUAACUAUUAUUACUACGUAACCAGCACAGAGAACCAGUAUUUUGUGCCGUGAGUUGUUGACGGCCGACAGCAAAUAGUAAGCGCGAUUAAUUUCACGGCGCUUACGUUUUGGUCGCGUGGUACAGGUUGCGAUUUCGACAAUUUCAUUGUUUGUAAAGGCUUCUCUAUAGUAAUAUUAACUCAAUGUUUGGAAAGAGGUCGCUUUUUACGACCGUCAAUCUAUCACCGUAUUUAUUGACAUCUAAACUUUAGACAUGGACAACAACUGAUAACAUUCUACGAAGCCGAAAUUAGCAGCCUUUUUUGAAGGACCGAUGUGCAAUAUUUAUCGCCGGAUACUGUAACUAGAUACUGUAUAAGACGGAUGGGAUUAUUAUAAUAAUUUAAGUUAUAACUAAUUAUUAUUAUAUAUAUUUUCCUGUAAAAGAGUAAGGUAAGCUCAAACUAAAUUAAAUUCAGUGACGCGAGCAUUUUUUUUUGUUACACGCGAACGCCGGUCGGCUUUUUGUACUACUUAGAUUGUAAUGUAUACUAAACGAUGUGCGAUCAAGUUUUCAUUUGAGAUUCUCUGUCGCGGCUUUGCUCGGCUGACCUUUGGUCGGUGAAUGAGUAUUUUGUAACCAAUUUAUCCAGAAAUACACUCGAUAUAAGCGAA